AGAGUUAUAGCUAUAAGGAUCGGAUUCUCAGGAGAAGAACUUCUAUACCUUGCGCUGCAAAUCUGUUCCAGCAUCAUCCAAUCUGCGCCAGCACCAUGUCAGACUCAGUCAAUCAUAACUCCAUUCGAACUCUCACUGGCUCAAAUUAUAAGAAAUGGAGAGAAGAUGUGGAAAUUGCUCUUGGACUUCUGGAUUAUGAGAUGGUUCUUACUGAUGAAGCUCUAUCAGUACCUGCGAAUGAUGCAUCUGCUGAGACUAAGGCUAAAUAUGCAAAGUGGAUUAAGGCCAACAAAAUGGCAAUUCUGAUCAUGAGGAGGUCUAUUUCAGAAGAGGUCAGAGGCAGUAUUAUUGAAACUGAGAGUGCUAAGCUAUUCAUGGAAGCUAUUGCAGAAAACUUCCAAGGCUCCAAGAAAGCUGAAAUUGGCACACUCAUGAGCCAGCUGACAGAUAUGAAAUACAAUGGAGAAGGCUGCAUAAGAACUCAUAUUCUGAACAUGGUUGAGAUAGGAAACAAGUUGAAGGCUCUAAAAGUCAAUGUGGAUGAAACCAUGAUGGAAGAACAAAGUAUAAGAAAGGACAAAGGCAAAGAUCAAGUGUGUUUUGUGCAGGAUACUAAGUUUAAACAAAAGGAAUGGACCAAAAACAAGAACACAGAUAAGCAGCAAAAGAAAGAUGAGUCUACAAAGGGCACAGGUCCAUUGAAGUUUUAUCUAAUUCAUGGUGGUUAG